AUGCCCGGCUUCUUCUCCCGGCUCAAGGGCCGAGAUGGCGCCAAGUCAAAAAAGAGAAAUGCGCUCGACGCCCCCGGCGGCUUGCAGCUCCAGAAGCCUAAGUGGGAAGAUGCCUACAUGCGCAAGACAGUCGAGCCCGAGGAGAUUCACGAGCUGCUGCACUACUGCACCGCAGAGCUCAAAGCGAGAGGCCUCGAUAUUCCCUUCCUUCUCCUGCCCUUUCGACCGACCUCGAAUCCCAGUGCCGUCCGCACUUUCAUUCGCCAUUUUUUCGACCAGUCCUUUCCUCUCAAGGGAGAAAUGCUGCUUCAAGAGCUGCGCAUGACCGAACCCAUGGUCAUAUCCGGCGUCGCAAAAUGGUGCUGGAGCCGUCUCCAGGGGGGUGUCGUUGGAUGGGACGCUUACGAGCUGUUCAAAGUUGGCGAAUAUGACUCGAACAAGGCUCGCGACUCUUUCAAGACCUUUAUCCCAAUAAGCGUCGAAAACGGCGCCAAGCAGCGCAUCAUCUUCGACUUCUUCGACCUCAUCGCCGCAAUCGCAGCCCACGGCAAGUCAAACGGCUUUGGGGGCCGAAAGCUCUCCCGCAUGGCUGCCUGGUGGGCGUUUGAGCAAAGGGAAACGGGCAGCGGCUUCGACGGCGGUUACAAGGCUUGGCUAAGUGCUGCCGAUGCCACGAGCCACCUGUUUUUCGCCUAUCUGAGGUCCCUCUCUCCUGAGCAGAACCUCACGGGAAUCUCCAUGCUCCCCAGGUCGCUCGAGAAACUGCUCAAGGAGACCGAUUAUCCCCCGCCGACGUCCAAGCAGAUGAUGUGUAGCACCAACAAACUUGCCAUGGUGGUUGAUGCCGUGUCGCCCACGCCAUUUGCCCUCCUGCGUCGCGCGGGCCAUUUCCAGUAUCGCGACUCGGACGUCGGCCUCCAGGAAUUCGCCAGCUACGAUGACCCGGUGAAGGCCCUGACGGAGGAGUGUCUUCGGGUGCUCAAGGCCAUAUCGGCAGCGAACCAGUCGCAAGUCUCGAGUGUCAAGCACUCGACGAGUCUGCGUGAUGCAUCUUGGUCGCGCUUCGAGGACAUCGGCUUCGCCAGUCCCCUGGAGGAAGAUGAUACCGAGGAAGACGGCACGGCGUCGCCCAGGCCCCUCCAAGGUCUUAGGAGCAUCCCUGUAUCUGGCAACGACAUGGGUCGCCCCACAACCCCGUCCUGGGCCGACUUCCUGUCUUCCGGCUUCCACGACGACAACCCGCAUCGACCCAACAUGCUCUUGCCCCCUGACAAGGCAAUCCCACCCCUCGAAAGCCAGUUCAGGCAACACCAGAGCUCCCAGUCUCAUCGCCCACGACUAGAACACGAGAACGAUCUCGAGCCGGGCGAACUUGCGAGCAUCACUAUCUUUGAGUUGGACGACGCGUUUUGGUGGGUGUGGAUGAUCAGUCUUGCCCCGGAGGAGACUGCGGACAGGAAAUCGGCCUUUGGUAGGUGUGCCGUCAUCGAGACGAAGAUUGGCAGCGCCCGAUGGAUUGUGGUAGAGGAAAUGAUUGUCGGCGCCGCGCCGGAGCCCGAACAAGGCGCCUACAUUGCGGAAAAGAAGCGCUUCUUUAGCUGGACGAAACGGGGCAAAACCCUGGGGCGAUCAAAGUCAAUGGCCCGCAAAGGCCAAGACCGAGGCGACGCCAACGCGGCCGCCAAAGGAGGAUCCGCCAACGUGAUUCCCGGAGCCGAGACUCACGCCAGGAUCCAGGCCAAGGCUGCGCAACUGCGUGCCAUGAAGGAUCACGAACAACAGGCGGCGUCUGCAGCGAACUCGCAGCGUCGCGGCCGCACAGAUGCGGAGCUGCUGGCGGAGAAGACUAACAGCAUCUUCACCCUGCAGCCAAACAUUGCCGGCGAAGCCUCGUCUGCCAUGAAAUGGGUCAAGAAAUACGACAAGGGCACCAUUAAGGAUGCGUACUUGGCCAACAACAAUGCUGGUCGCGGUCUCGCCGUGUCUCCGGUACCAUCUGACGGCGGCCCUGUUGCCGGGACGGAUGACCGGGAGGCCGGUCCCCGGGUGCCUGCUAAGGAUCUGUCGCCAGCCCCGAGCGCACCACCAGGCUCACCGCUCCGUUCUCCGCUGUCUCCAGCGCCGGAGCCGGAGAAUGAAGAGCGGCGAAUGUCUUCGUGGGAGAUCGUCGUUGACGCGGGCGUCGGUUCGUCGGAGCAGUGCCCCAGCCCCAUCCCCCUACCGAAGGACUCGGAUUAUGAGCCGUCCGAGCCGAAGACCUCAACAACCUCCGAGAGGGCGAAGCUGCACAAAAACAAGGGAAAGUCUGGCGGCUUCCGCAAGUCCAUGGAGCCUCCAGAGCAAGAUCAGGAGCCUAUCGACGCCCAAGACGCCGCCGAGGCUGACCAGGCAUUCUCGCGCUUCGACCAAGGGCCGUUGACGGAUCAGCCUGCGUUUGUUCCCGAUGACGAGGAAGACGCGGUUCCGCCGCCCAUUGCCCGCCACCCCCCUACCCAGGAUGGCUCAAAGGAUCGUUGGGCCCAGAUCCGCAAGAAUGCCGCCCAGAGGGCAGCCACACGUCCUAAGGAAGACAAUCCCCCAGUCGCUUCCGGCAAGGCAGCCGAGGGCGAGGAAGACGUCAGCGGAGAAGAGACAAUCGAGUCCCGCGUCGCCCGCAUCAAGGCCCGCGUGGCUGAGCUCACUGGCGGCGCCGGGGACAGCAAUGGAGCCCAAGCAGUCUCAAAAGCGCGCUAG